UGUUAAGUGCUGCUUCGGUAACUUAACAGGAAGUUUCAGACUUCCUCCUUCUGUCAGUCUGUCCGUCUUGUUUUAGAUAUCCAGGCACCUCCUGCACCUCCUCUACCCUCUCCUCCAGGACACACAGACGGGUGAGUCUGCCACAAAAAGGCUGUGGCUGGGAUCAGUCAUCAUGGAGAAGGACCAGAGACCCCCCCAGGACUUACCCCCACCAUACACAGCCAACUACGGCGGUAUCAAUCCACCCCCCCAGCCAGGAUUCCUACCAGCCCCCAACCCAGGAGGUCCCGGGCCCUCCACGAACCAGCCACCGGCCCAGGGCAUGGGGGUGCCCGCUGCGACCCCGGCGGGGUCGCGGGUAGUUCUUGUACCGGGUGGCCUAUCCGAAUUUCCCAGCCAGACCCAGUGCCCAUUCUGCCAGCAACUGGUUGUCUCACACGUCGAGUACAAUUCCGGCCUGCUCACCUGGCUCAUCUGUGGCGCCUUGACGAUUGUGGGAUGCUGGCCCUGCUGUUUGAUCCCCUUCUGUGUGGACGGGUGCCAGGACGUGUACCACCGCUGCCCCAGCUGCAAUAACCUUCUGUAUGUGUACAAGCGCCUCUGAUCUGCCAUGAGAGGGAGAGGAAAGGACUAGGAACCGUUCUGAACCGGUCUUCUUCUAAUAGUCAUUUCUCCUGCUUCAUUUGAUCAUUUUUACUGUUGUGAUCUGAAAGCAUUCAUUUCAAUAGAGGGAUUCAGCAGAUUCCCGGGAUUGUAUGCAAUUAACAUGGCAAUGACUGCAAAAUGUCCUUUUACUGUAAAAUCCAUUUUUUUAAAAUCUUUUAUAGUAUCUUGUGAUGAAAAUGCAAAUGGCUCAGGGUUAGGAAAAACUUGUGUCGUGUGUAUUUGUAUUCAAUGCAAAUCAAGCACAUUGUUCAUAAUGUUGUAGAGAAUACAAGAAAUACAAGAAAUACAAUAUCUU